GUUGAUCGGAGCAGCCCUGGCAGGUUCCUGGACCCCCGCUAGUGAGAGUCCCCCAGUGUCCUUGGCAGACACUUGCCGUUCAGGGGUCGCCUGCAAGUGCUUCUGUCUCGACCAACCCAGCCCCUCGAUUUCACCGCCUCCAAGCUCACUCAAUUGAGCUCCAGAAAGCUGCCAGCCCCCGUCCAAUCUCAUCGCGGCCGCAGAGCGCUUGCUUGCAUUUCCACCCCGUUGAGUUGUCACUCAUUACCCACUCGAGAACCCCCGGGCGACAGAUCGUGACGCCUGCCAUUCUGUUCGGACGGGGCCAUCUAAACCCAAAGUGAGAGACAACAGCCAGUCAACAACCACGCUGUGCAUUAAUAUAGUUUGAGCUGCUCCACCCCGUCUCUCUUGUCCCUCUUGUUCACCAUGGGUUUCAUGGACGGCUGGGACUCUCAGUCGGUCAUCAGCCGCAAGUCCCACCACUCGUCCAAGCACCACGGCUCCUCCAGCAAGCGCCGCAGCAAGUCCGGGUCCGUCUUCCUACGGCCCAAGUCCAAGUCGAGGUCGAGGUCCCGCUCCAGGUCCCGCGCCAGGUCCCCGGGGGCCCGCUCCAUCGCCGCCUCCAUCUUUGGUGGCGACGACGACAGGCACCGCCACUCCCGCCAUGACAACCGGAGCUCCUUCUUUGGGCUUCCCAAUGUCUCGACCAGGAGCUUUUUCGGCAUGGACAAGCACCGCUCCUCGACCUCGUCCUACCGCCGCUCCCCCCGGCCCAACUUCCUCGCCCGCGCCUACAAGCAGCUGAAGCGCCUGCUGCGGGACCUGGUGUACUACGCCAAGCGCCACCCCGUCAAGGUGUUCAGCCUCGUGGUCCUGCCCCUGCUCACCGGAGGCGCGCUGACGGCGCUUCUCGCGCGCUUCGGCCUGCGCCUGCCCCCCAGUAUCGAGAGGAUGCUCGGCGUCGGCGCCCGUGCCAUGAGCGGUGGCGGCGCCGGGCUCGUGGGCGAGGCCGUGAGGAUGGCGAGCGGCAUGGGUAGCGACGGUGGCAGGGUGAGCCUCCAGAGGGGUUACGACGACGGCCUGCAGUGGGAGAGGAGGAGCUGGGAGAGGGACUCUCACGGUGGUGGAUGGAGCAACGGGCUAAUGAACACGGUCAGGGACUGGUUCUGACCGGGAAGCCAGUGUUGGUUGUCCCGGGGCUCUCAAAAAAAGGGGGGGCCGCACCAUGAAUGAGGUUCAUGAAGCAAUGACUUAUGAUUUCUUUUUCUUCUGAGACAGGCAAGGCUAUUAUAGUUAGCAUUGGUCCUUUGAUACCUAUAUAUACUCGAAUAAACAGAAUUAAUUGUUCUCC